GGGGAAUCCGUUUAUGAAGAACAUGAUAUAGCAACCAUGCACGCAUGGAACAGAACACCAGCACCACCUCGAUCAUCUUAUAGCAGCCCUCCUCCUUCUUCGAAUCGAUAUAGAACUUCAUUCGACAAUGUUGCUUUGUAUGCCGCAUCUCCACGAUCACCAGCACCUUCUUCCGCUCCACCUGCUUAUCCUCCUGCACAUGGAAUGUACUCUGGAUAUUUUGCACAAAGUGAACCUUCUCCGGACAAUUAUUAUUGGUACGCUGGAGCACCUCCUUCUGUUGCUUCUUCGCAAACAAGGCAUCAUCACCAUCCUCCAAGCUCGGCACCAGGUGAUGUGUACAGCAGAGAAGAUGUUCCCGGCUUCUUUGGCGUACGUGCUCCCCAUCAUCAUCCGGGAAAUACAUCAAGACAAGCAAUACAUGGCGAAAAUUUGCCAAAUUUCCCCCAAUGGUCAAGAACCUGGUAUGAUGGGCAUAUGUCAGCAAACGGACAUGCAUAUACCAGUGUCCCUCCUCCUGACGGUGCAAGCGGAUGGGAAUCCGAUUCGUUGACCCGAAGCGGUGGAGUGAUGCCGGGUGCAUAUGGCCAUGUGUAUGGUGCACGUGGAAAUGUUGCUGAUAUGGUCAAAGAGGAACGAAUACGAAUGCUUGAAAAACAAUUUGGCAAGCCAAAGAUCUCUCACGGAGAUGAUGAUGAUGAGACUCUUGAUGAACGUGACAGUGAUUCAAUUGAAGAUGUCGAUUUGCCGCUCGGUGCGGUCAACAGCCGCGGAAAACUAGUCACCGAAAGACCAAAGUGGAAAACUGGAAUUCGAUGGUUGAUCGGUUUCGCUUCAAUUGCUUGCUUUGCUCUUGGGAUAGGGAGUGCAUUGCUGAUCAAACCUGGACUCAAUGCGCCUGCCGCACGUGGAUCGAUUGCAUCCUACAUCCUGUACAUUGCAUCGACCAUCACGCUUGUUCUGAUCUUGUACUUGUUUGUCUUUCGACCAUGUUGCUGUGAUCCUAUGCGAAAGGAGAUGAAGAUGGGUGGAGGUGCCGACAAUCCAUUAGGAGGGAUGAUCAUCCCUGUUCUUACAAAUGGAGGUGGACCAAAAAAGAAACCUUUUCGAAAAGGUAAGAGAGGGAUGAUGAUGAUGGCACAACAGGCUCCUACGGUAAAUUUGAUCGUUGAUCCUGCUCUUUUAGGAAUCGGCAAAAGAGACGAUCCCGAUGAUGAAGAAGAUGAACGUCUGCCGGGUGAUGCACGAAGAUCUUCGCGACGAAAGAACGGUGUUGGAGUGUUGGGAAAUAUGCAAAUGCAAAAGAGAUGGAUGAUGGCUCGCAAGACGUUAAAAUUGGAAACCGUUUGGGAUGCUAUCCUUUGCGUAAUUUGGAUUGCCGUUGUGGUUGUUGCUCUUGGUUUCGGUAAAAAAUGUCCGCCUGGCGAUGGAAAUGGAUGGUGCAAUUAUUAUAACGGUGCCAUUGCUUGUGGAGCAAUCAUGGCUGCCCUAUUUGCCGGGGUAUUAUUCUUGGAUUAUCGAGAUUUGAAGAUGAGCAAAAAGCCACCA